ACUAAGCUGAACAGCAGACACUCCUCCUCACUUCCCACCUCCGAGCAGCUGCAUGACUUCCUGGGGAUUCUAUUGCAAUAGCCAGAGAUAAACAUUUAUGCAUAUAACCUACAAGUCUCCAGUUUCUAUUCUUCUUCCCUCUCUGUUCUUUCCCUUCCCCCACUUUGAACCAGGGAAGCUAAACAGUAGAACUCUGGCGGAGUUGAAGCAGCUUGAGAAGUACUAAGAAAGAGGAAGAAGAAUCGGGCUAUAUUGGCUAGCAAAUGUGCCAUGGCCUGACCUGUCUCCUCUGGAAAAGAAACUUUCCUAAAGAGCAGGAGCCCUGUGAAUGGAGUGAACUAUCCAGAGUAUCCAGAUUCCUUCUGCACCUUACCAUCCAGGGUUAGCUCACCAGGGGACUAGCAGGCUGGAAUUUCUGAAGAUUUGGAUCUUGCUUCAGGGAGCAAAAGGACCUUAAACUGUGAAGUUUGGAAUCAGCAGUUUGAGCCUACUCUGACACUACAACUUAAGAACAGUGGGCACAAUAAGAAGGAAAGUUUGUGAAAGGUGCUGUGGUGCCUGAAAGAGGCACCAAGAAGACAUUCCUGGAGAACAUGGAUGGAGCUGAAAAUCUGACGGCAUCUGUCAGUAAUAACACGUGUCAUGACACAAUUGAUGAAUUCCGAAAUCAAGUGUACUCCACUAUGUACUCUAUGAUCUCUGUUGUGGGUUUCUUUGGCAAUAGUUUUGUGCUCUAUGUCCUCAUAAAAACAUACCAUGAGAAAUCAGCCUUCCAAGUAUACAUGAUUAAUCUAGCCAUAGCAGAUCUACUCUGUGUCUGUACAUUGCCUCUCCGUGUGGUCUAUUAUGUUCACAAAGGCAAAUGGCUCUUUGGUGACUUUUUGUGCCGCCUCACCACCUAUGCCUUGUAUGUUAACCUCUACUGUAGCAUCUUCUUUAUGACAGCCAUGAGCUUUUUCCGGUGUGUUGCAAUUGUCUUUCCAGUCCAGAACAUUAAUUUGGUUACACAGAAAAAAGCCAGGUUCGUGUGUAUUGGAAUCUGGAUUUUUGUGAUUUUGACAAGUUCUCCCUUUUUAAUGUACAAAUCUUACAAAGAUGAGAAAAACAAUACUAAAUGCUUUGAGCCUCCACAGGACAAUCAAACUAAGAAAUAUGUUUUGGUCUUGCAUUAUGUGUCAUUAUUCUUUGGUUUCAUCAUCCCUUUUGUCAUCAUAAUUGUCUGUUACACAAUGAUCAUUCUGACCUUACUAAAAAAUACAAUGAAGAAAAACCUGCCAAGUCGUAGGAAGGCUAUAGGGAUGAUCAUAGUUGUGACAGCUGCCUUUUUAGUCAGCUUCAUGCCAUAUCAUAUUCAACGAACUAUCCACCUUCACUUUUUACACAGUGAAACUAGACCCUGUGAUUCUGUCCUUAGGAUGCAGAAGUCAGUGGUCAUAACCUUAUCUCUAGCUGCAUCAAAUUGUUGCUUUGAUCCUCUGCUAUAUUUCUUUUCAGGUGGAAACUUUAGGAGAAGGCUGUCUACAUUUAGAAAGCAUUCUUUGUCCAGUAUGACUUACAUACCCAAGAAGAAAGCUUCCUUGCCAGAGAAAGGAGAAGAAAUAUGUAAAGAAUAAUUCAAACCCAUCUCCCGUGCAGAACAAUGAAAAAGAAAUUCCCUAACAAGUAUUUUUCUAAAUCACAAGUUAAAAAAAAGCUUCACAUUAAUAGUUUACAAAUAACAUAUCUAUCUAUCUCAUUUAUAAAUACUAUUAUUUUAUAUGUUAAGUGUUCAAAAUUCAGUUUAUAACUGUGAACUAACCAGAAAGUGGAGAAUGUUUGUGAUUCUGAACUAUAAAACUGAGUAUGAAAUCAAAAAUAUAAAAAGGGUUACAAAAGCUACGUACUAGACUUUUGAGUUCAGCUUUUAAAUAUAGCGUUAAAAUUAGCAAAUAGUCAUCAGUCACCCUAACAAAUCCCUUUGCAUGCAUGCCAUCAGAUGCGACCUGGAGAUGACCCAGGACCUACAGAAAUGUACGGUCAGCCGUUUCCUUUGUAGUACUGACUAGCUAGGUAAAGUCUUCCAGAAGAGAAUGUUCAAGUACUAGAACAGACCAAUAUUCAGCCAAAUAGCUCCACAGGCUGCAUGAAAUUUACAAUCUGGAAAAUAAGGAAGAUAAAUCUGAUCAAAGGCCAGUUUGUCUCUAUUCUCUUCUGCCCUUGACCCAAGCCCCUGCAAAAGAAUGGUGUUCUUCUUGCUCACUGUGGUCCAAUCCCAAUUCUACAUAUAACUCUUCCUAAUGAGUAAGACAGCUAGCAUUUCCAUAUACGACCAGAAGCAGUCAAAAUUCAUCAGAAGUAAAGAAAAUAGGUAUGAGGUUUGUUCCUUUCUAUAUAAGGUUUGUUGGAAUCAAAAUUUACUAUGUCAGAUACCAGAAGAAAAUUUGAAUAUCCAUGUCAUUAAUUCUUUAAAAACUAUAUGCAUUUAUGUAUAUGUAUAUAAAUAUAUGUAAUCUAUCCUGUUCUAUGAUGUGCAUUUAUUGUUAGUUAAUUAUGAGAGUUACUGUUUUAUACUUCUUGCUUUUUUAUUAGCAUGCUGAAAGUAAUAUUUGUUUACAGUGAUUUUUAUAUUAUCGCAGAAGCUUUGUUCUUAAAACAAACCAUGGGAAACAGCUUGAUUGUGACUAAAAUAUGAUAGUCAUUGGCAAAGUUUUGUUGAAGGCCACUUUGUUCCUAACUCUAAGUUUCAAAAGUCACAUUAACAAAGAAGAAAUAAAUGAUAAUAAAGAUGGAAAAAGGAAAAAACAUGAAUGGAGUUCUGUCUGCAUCAGCCAUGUGAAAACUUUUCCUAUUUCACUCCUGCUGGACCCCUUGGAAAAAUUUUUUAAAGCACAAUGAAGAGAGGACUCUGAGGAUCAAAAAUAACUGAAACUCACUGAUUUCUGUUGAACAUGCCUGAAAAUUGGCAGUGCCUAUAUUCUCUCAUUUCCUCUUGCUUGAGACAAAUGUCAAACAUAUUUGUCAGGGGGCAUCAGGUCUCAUUUUCUGCCCUUAUGCUUUGUGGUGGAAGAGCAUGGCACUGGAAGCCAAGAACCUGGUCUCUUUUAACCUGGUCUCUUAAAUUUAACAAAGUUAACAUACCUUUGAGAGAAUCUCAUAAGCCUAAAACCUUAACUUUAACAUUCUUAGUUAUCUGGGAAAUACAAAUCUAAACAACCUUGAGAUUCCACAUCGCACCAAUCAGAAUGGCUAAUAUCAAAAACUCAGGUGACAGUAGAUGCUGUUGAGGAUGUGGAUUAAGAGGAAUACUCUUCCAUUGCUAGUGGGAUUGCAAGCUGGUACAACCACGCUGGAAAUCAGUUUGGUAGAAAACUGAACAUAGUACUACCUGAGGACCCAGCUGUACCACUCCUGGGCAUAUAUCCAAAAGAUGCUCCAACAUGUAAUAAGGACACAUGCUCCACUAUGUUCAUAGCAGCCUUAUUUAUAAUAGACAGAAGCUGGAAAGAACCCAGAUGUCCCUCAACAGAGGAAUGGAUACAGAAAAUGUGGUACAUUUACACAAUGGAUAAAAUAAUGAAUUCAUGAAAUUUAUAGGCAAAUGGAUGGAACUAGAAAAUAUCAUCCUGAGGGAAGUGACCCAAUCACAAAAGAACACACAUGGUAUGCACUCACUGAUAAGUGGAUAUUAUCCCAGAAGCUCAUGAUACCCAACAUACAAUUCACAGACCACAAGAAGCUCAAGAAGAAGGAAGACCAAAGUGUGAAUACUUUGGUCCUUCUUAGAAGGAAGGAAAUACAGAGACAAAGUAUGGAGCAGAGAUUGAAGGAAUGGCCAUCCAGAGACUGCCCCACCUGGGGAUCAUUCCCAUAUACAGUUACCAAACCCAGACACUAUUGUGGAUGCCAAGAAGUGCUAGCUGGCAGGAGCCUGAUAUAGCUGUCUCCUGAGAGGCCCUACCAAUACCUGACAAAGGGGACACUCUCAACCAACCAUCGGACUGAGCACAGAGUCCCCAAUGGAGAAGCUAGAGAAUGGACCCAAGGAGCAAAGGGUUUGCGGCCCCAUGGGAGGAACAACAAUAUGAAUCAAACAGUACCCUGAGAGCUCCUAGUGACUUAAUCACCAACCAAAGAGUAUGCAUGGAGGGACCCAUGGGUCCAGCCGCAUGUGUAGCAGAGGAUGGCCUUGUUGGACAUCAAUGAGAGGAGAGGCCCUUGGUCCUGUGAAGGCUCACUGCACCAGUAUAGGGGAAUGCCAGGUCAGGGAAUCAGGAGUGGGCGGAUUAGUGAGCAGGGGAAGGGGGAUGGGAUAGAGGUUUUUCAGAGAGGAAAUGAGGAAAGGGGAUAACAUUUGAAAUGUAAAUAAAGAAGAUAUCUAAUAAAAAAGAUGAAAAUGAUACUUGUUCUGCUUUCUUACGGACAUUUGCAAGAUUCAAAUGUAGUUAGAUAUGCUAAAAUUAUAUCCUAAAAAUGUAUAGUAAGGUGCCAUUAUAAAGUAUUUAUGGGAGAGUAGUUAAAUAUGCUAAUUCAUAUUUAUUGUAUCCAUUUUUAAUUUUGAAAGAAUUUGAACAAAACAUUGCCACAGUUCAAUUUUAGUACACAUAAUCACAUUGCUCAUUUAUUCCUUCAUCCAAGCUUUGGUCUGUAUUUGCUGUUCCACUCACAUAUGUACCCACAUGUACCAUAUAGAUAUGGCAUAAAACUUCAGUCACUUACAAACUCACAAUGAAUGUAUUGUUCCUUCUUGAAUUAUAUAUCUUUAUAGCCUAACCAUACAACUUACUACUUUUUCCAGUUUCUCCAUGUGUAUUAGUAUUUUCUCCUAAAGGGAAGUGUUCUGUGUAGAAUUAUCAAUUCCUUAAGGUUACAAAUUACAUAUCUACAUGACGGUAUCUAACAUUUAAUUAUAUAUGUAUAUAUAAUUUUAAUUUUAAAAGCUUUUUAAAUGUUUUACCUGUGUCAAUUCAUAAAUACAGAGUACAGAGUAUUCAUAAAUACAGCUCUACCGAGUACGGUACUGUGACUACCCUCAUUUUGCCAGCAAGUUUCAGAAGCAAGAUUGAACUCCUGACAUUCUGUUGCCAGAAUAUACAUUCUUAAUUUACUAGCUAUCUGUGUUGUCCUUUUCAAGUACAAAGUUUCAGGUAUACAUGAUGAAUAGGUCCUAGAGGUUUACUAUACAAAAUUAUGCCUUCCAUUAUCACUGUGCCUUUAUUUUUUAAUAUGUUAUGCUCUUACCACAAGCAGAUGAGACACUUGAUUGACAAAUGAGGGAGAGAGAGAGACAGAGAGAGAGACA